AUGCCGCCCAAAUCUUUAUUUCACUUGCCAGCACAGGAUGACCAGGGUACUUCGUGUACCCACGCCUACAAGCCGGCCGACGUACCAUUGAUGAAGAGAUGUCGACGCCGAGUCCGUCGUCGGAAAAUGAUUUCGUCGCGCUCCAAUAGAGACUCCACCGCUGUCCAUCAUUGGUCUCCACAGUCAAUCAGCUACCGGUCCUUGAAAUCGUUUUUGAAACAGAGCCGGGGACUGAAAGCUAAGGAGUUUAUAGAGAUCUUGUUUCCCAUCCUAGGACUUCAUGUGACGUCUAUCCCUUUUCGAGCACAACAUUUGAUCCUCCAAACGCUGCAACGCCACCUCGAGCAUUCCGCUUUCCAAUUUGUUCAAAAAUGGCUUCAACCACAGUCUUUGGCCGUUGGAUGGACAUGGCCCGAGGCACUGGAGCUGCAUAAGUUCUUCAAAUUCUUGGCUAGAAACCGAUCGAAGAUCUCGUCUGAGCAACAUGGUGAAAAUAUCACCACUGUUCAGAACUUGCGCCAUUCGAUCGCCGGCAUUCGCCACGCCGCUGUUCAUCGCUUAGCCCAAGACAGAGAUAGUCUGCUUGAGAAGAAUUGUGCUGCCAUUGAAUUCUGCCUUCGCAUCGACGAAAACCAUAGCGCAGAGAGUCUCUGUCGUCUCUUUGAAUUCCUACAGAAAACCCUGCCGAAGUCAAGCAGGGUGCAAGUGCAGCCACAGCAGGCUGUUCCCUCUCAUCCUCGUUUACCCGAGCUCUCUCUUCGCACACAACUACAAGAACGAUCGAUACCCACUGACGUGAUCAAGCGACUCGUUGGAGGUAUCGAGCAGGACUUGAUCUCCGAGGUGAUGCAUUUCUUGCAGAUUGAGUUUCCGUGA